ACUUGUUUUUAUUAUUGUUUUUGCUUAUUCCUGUUUACAACUGGAUAGUAAAUAGUGGUUAAUAUAAGUGAAGUAAUUUUAUCCCAGUAUUAUAAUAACAAAAGUAGAAUAUAAAUAGGAGCCGUUAGCAAUUAAUAAAUGGGCCAAAUUAUAAGACUCACAUAUUGAGAUACAUAUGUAAGAAAUGUAAAAUUAUCUUACUACAAAUAUAUUAUAACAAUGAAUCCGGAAUACACUGAAAUGAUUGCUGCUAUAGCAAUUGGAGUGCUAUCAGCAAUUUUUCUGAGUGCAUUUAUAGUGUUAAUAUUAAUCUGCCGAAGACAAAAAUUAUACUACAAAUCAAAACUUUGUGAAAAUGAUGACUUCUCAACAAGACCAGAGGUGAUGCUUAUUGAACCAGAAAAACCAGAAAUUUUGUUAAAUGAAGUAACAUUGAAUCCUAAUCUGGAACAAAUUCUAACUGAUGAGCAAUGGGUAGAUGAUGCAACAGGACUAAUUCCUCAUUGCCUAUCAAUUUUAAAAACAUGUCGUUUUUUGACUGAAAGACUAACAGCCCUGGCUAUGAGACCCAUGAAUUCUAAUGGAACUGGGUUAUCACAAAUCAUUGAUUGUGCAAAGAGAAUAUCAAGUCGUGUUGAUGAUGUAGUAAGGAGCAUGUAUCCCCCCUUAGAUCCAAGACUGUUGGAAGCAAGAACAGCAGCUCUCACACUUGCUGUAACUCAACUUGCCCUUAUAACUAGAUAUGAAUGUGGUCAAAAGGAAAAGAAUUUAUCAUGGAUUGAUAAAUCAUUGGCUCAAAUGGAUGGACAUGUUUUGGUUCUCAGAGAAGCUGCUCUUACACAGGAAGCUUCAAAUAAAAUCCAGAAUGCCACAAAUACUUUAUUAGCUUAGGAAAUAUGAUGACAAUUCAACAUAUGAAUCUCAUUUUAUCAUUUAUUGAAUUUAUUUUGAUAUGAUAUACUCUACAUAUUACUACACU